UUCCCUCCUCACAUAACUCACGAGAUAAAGGUACGUUUGAUUUAUCGUAGAUUUCUUGGCAUAUGUGACUGGUUUUCUUUCAGGGGACCCAUUAACCAUGAACAAUGAAAAUCAAAUAAAGAAAAAGUUAAAGUUCAUGGCUGAAAAUGGCAUUCGCCAAGAUGGACCUCCAAGGUUCGCCAUCUUUGCAGACCGCUUGCAACCAGUACUAUGCGUCAUACAGUCACGAGACGAGAAGAAUGAGAAGCGGACACAGACCUCGUGCAGGCACAGAUCAGAGCACAGGCCUGCACCAAGAACAGCCACAGGUUUCUGGAGCAUUGACUUCCCCACMUCCCCAGAAAUCUUGGCAUCUGGGAUGAUGAUCGAUGCCACAAAUGAACCGCUGCCUCCUCUCACAGAAGAACAAAAAAGGAGGAGGAGAAUGAAGAGGAGGAGGAGAAUUAACUUCCUUGAAACAGAAAAAAAGAGGAGGAGGAGGAGAAAGAGAAGAACUUUAACGCGGACAAUCACAGGCAAAAACCAUCAUGUCUUCUGUGAUAAUUAUUUCACAUCAGUUCAUCUAGCUGAAGAUUUAAUGAAAGACCAAGUCUACUCAUGUGGAAUGAUAAAAGCAAACAGUUCGGGUUAUCCUAAGGAGUUAGAAAAAAACAACCCGACCUGUUUGGAAGAACAAGAGGCUUUAAAGAGCUACAACGCUAACAUAGGUGGUGUUGAUCGCAGUGAUCAAUCUCUCAGCUACUAUGCUGUCGGACUCAAGUCCAGAAAGUGGUGGAGAUACCUGUUUUGGUUUCUCAAUGACUUGAGCAUUGUAAAUGCCCUCAUUUUAGAAAUGCUGGCGCCACAUCAUAGCUCACAAACACAGCUUCAAUUUAGAUGUCUCUCUUACUGACUUUGACUCUUAAAAGCGCAAGUCACACAUAA